GCCUCCGAUGUCCUACGUGUGUGCAUGACACCUUCGCCGCCGUCCCGCCGCUCGGAGCCAGUUUUGCGAGGAAAAAUAUCAGCGGGCGCUCACGGCGAUAUCGGUUAGCACAUUCACAGUGGCACUGUGACAGCAGCAGCAGCAGCAACAGCAGCAGCAGCCAGCAAAAAGAUCGCACACGAGAAAGCUUUUUCGCCAAUAUAACUGUCUGGUGGGAAAUUUUCUCUAUCAGUCGGUCCGCGAUCAUCAGCACCGCACAUCGUACACGAUCAUCGGCGCGAGCGUUUGUCUGCCUAGUGGGAAGUGGAUAUCGAGUGUGUUUGAAAGCUAGUGGCGCGUGGCAUAAAGUCAGUUCAGAGUAGCGCAGUUUUUCAGAUAAGUUUUUGUGAUUUUUAUCUACGUGAAGAUAACAUAUUCUGUGUGACGUUUGACGAAAACCCGUAUCAGUGAGAAGAUAUCUCAACUAUUGCUGCGCGCCCGCGCUACGGUAGAGUGCAUCAACCAUGCGGUGUGUAAUGCGACAACCCACCAGCAUCUACUAGCCGGCGCUGUGUGUCGAUCGAGGCACUUGACCUCAACCAUCGGAACUGCCGAUAAACCGGAGUGCGGAGCCAUGAACAGCAGCAGCUGUUAUUGCUGAACCAGCAGCACUCGCGCGAUUGCGCCCAAUCGCAUAUAAUAUCAAUUCUAGGCGCGUUUGAACGGAACGGGGUUUCGCGAAAUAAAAUAAAAACCGCGGCUAGUGAAGGUGAAUCUUCCGUCAUUUCAUGGUUAAUGGCAGUGUGGUGCAAUUGAAGCGUGACACCGACGUUCGGGACAUCGGGGCAGAGCACUUUUAGUUCCUGAUUUGUGUACACAAGAGAAAAAAUUGUGCGUACCGGGUGAAAUCUAACGUCAAAAAUUGGACGAUUUAAAGUGCAUGGUGUGACACUUUACGUGGAGUGAAUAUCAAGGCGAAAAAGGUGGACAAAAAGCUUCAACAAUGUACGGGCCACUUGUACAAUUCAUCAAAGCGAUAGAUCGCAUACCGACCCGGUUCAAUGUGUCUAUUAUGCUGUUUAUGGCUUGCCUGAUCAGCUACAUGCUGCGCGUCAACAUGUCCGUCAAUAUACUGGCCAUGGUGCAGCCGAUUCAAAGCAGCAGCAAACAAUCCGUACUCGAGCAGCGUAACAGCAGCGCGUCGGGCGAAUCGAUUAAUCAGACAAUCGUAGGACAUUCAAAGAUCCCAGAUUAUGGCCCCCGGUACAACUGGAGCUCGCACGACCAAAGCAUCAUCUUGGGCGCCUAUUUCUACGGUUAUCUGAUCUCUUCGCUGCCGGCCGGCAUUUUUGCGGAACGUUUCGGUGGACGUAACAUGGUUGGGCUGUCGUUGGCAUUUAGCGCACUCCUCACCGCGUUGACACCGCUGGCUGCCGACAAUGGCAUGUGGGCCACUAUCGCGAACCGCGUGGCACUCGGGAUUUUAGGUGGAUUUCUGUAUCCAGCGUUGCACAAUCUCAUCUCCAAGUGGGCACCACCGGACGAGAAGGGAAAAUUCGUGUCCGCUCUGAUGGGUGGAACGUUCGGCACCGUGAUCACCUGGCCCUUGGUUGGGGUUCUGAUCGAAACGCUCGGUUGGUCCUUCGCCUUCUACAUCCCGGCUGGCAUCGCGGCGAUCGCCGCCGUACUGUGGUACAUUAUCGUGGCCGACAGUCCCGCCACGCAUCCUCGCAUUAAAUCGGAAGAAAAGGAUUACAUCGAAAAGUCACUGGGCGAUACGAUCUCCAAAUCGAAGCUGAUGCCUCCAAUCGCAUCGCUCGCUACAUCGCCACCAUUCCUCGCGCUGCUAGUGUUACACUUUGGCAACCUGUGGGGUCUGUACUUCCUGAUAACGGCGGCACCGAAGUUUAUGAGCGAGGUGCUCGGAUUCAAGCUGGCCAAGGCUGGAUUCCUGUCCGCGCUACCGUACCUAGCGCGAUCGCUGGCCGCCUUUUUGUUCGGAACGAUCGGCGAUCUGCUACGAAAGCGAUCGAUUAUGGGCGUGACGGCGAUACGCAAGUCCUUCUGCCUAUUUUCUCACAUAAUACCCGGCCUGUUUCUCGUCGGGCUGAUCUACAUCGGCUUUGAUCCGUACGUGUGUGUCGCCAUCAUUACGCUCUCGCUCGGCUUCAACGGUGCAUCCACGAUGACCAAUCUGCAAAACUCCCAGGACCUGGCGCCAAACUUUGCCGGCACGCUGUACGGCAUCAUUAACUUCGUCGGCACGUCGAGCGGCUUCAUCUCGCCGAUCCUGGUCGCCCACUUUACCGUCGACCAGAGCACGAUGGACGAGUGGCAGUAUGUAUUCAUGAUCGGUGCCGCCGCAUACAUCGUGCCAGCGCUCAUAUUCGUGGUGUUUGGUUCGGGCCAGGUACAGAAGUGGAACGAACCAAAGCAAGCCCCAGCGACACCCGAGCACUCCUAGUAGCGCGCACCUCAAAUCUCGCGGUGGACUGGUGGCCCCGGAAGCAAACGCGCGGUUCCUGAAGCCAUGGCGCAAUACACGUUUUCCUCUCUUUUGCUGGCCUUCCCAUUUUGUAUCUCAGGAACGAAAAACUAUGGAUGGAUCGUUCGAGCUUUACCGACGGACAGGGUCGGUUGGUUGGGAACACUCUACUCUGCCAGGCAUAACCGGGAACACCGAAACCAAGUAUUAUUAGCAUUGAAACGCAAACCGUGCUCUAGCUUUAUGUAUUAUAUUAGGUUCGUUUUAUGUGCGUCCAAACAACGCCCUGCUCAUUUACCAGCAUGAUCCGUAACUGACUCAUCCAGCGUAUUAUUGAAUCUCAACAUUGGACACGACGUAUCGCGCGUAUGGCCAAGGGAGCGUGGAAAUUAGAUUUGUAUCAAACGUCAACUCUAGUAUCAUGUGCAUUAGGUCGUACCCGUACGGGAUAAGUUUUACAGGGCACAAACUUCGCAUUUUUGUCGUCGUUUACUAUCGGAGCGGUGUACCACUCCCUAGGCAUUUGUUUUCUGUUAUGCAAAGAAAAAGGGAAAAAGAAAUUUAUCAAUACCGAAGGUAACGUUUGCGCCAAGCGAAACCGCUUUAAUAUUGGAUAGAUUAAUUAAGGUCAGGCGGGUGGCAGGUAGAUGACGGUUCUAAAAACUUGACCAUCGUACAAAUUUUGCUAAAGUAGUGAAAUGUAAAUGAUAAAGCAUUCGGCGACAUCGUACGGAGGACCUUUUUUAUGUUCAAUAAAAUGGUUUAGCAAAAACAGGCAUACGUCGCGCGCUACGGUUUUUUUUUUUAUUUACGAGAAGCCAGAAGGAAUGGAAAUCCAAGCUGUUGAAGCGUAAAGAUAGACAAGAAACGGGUCAUUAGGGUACCGACCGUACCUGAACCGCCUUGGAAAAUCGGCCAGAAAAUCGUAGAAACUAGUGAUGGGUCAUACGACUCUUUUUACGGAUCAACCCGAAAUCGAGUUCGUCCCUACAGGAAUCGAGUUCGACUAGUGGGUGCAAUGAGUUCGAGUCGACCCGUAGGUGCAGCCAAUCAUACGCGAGUUCGACCCGUAAGUUCGCGUCAACCCGUCUAGAAUUAUUCUGGAAUCGUCGAACUCACGAGUCGAACACCGACCCGGUAGGAUUGGAUCGAUCCGAACCUAGGUUCGAACUCGCUUAUACUUUCGCUGGGAAUACGACCCGAACCAUUACGGGUAGCUUACGACUGACACCGACCCGGUAGGAUUGGAUCUACACGCCCAACACUAGUCGAAACAUAGGGAACGAUAGGGAACAUGUAUUGGGACACGGGAAAGAAAUAAAAGAAAAUCUAACCUCAAGCGAUUCCAGGCAAAGUUUUUGACACCGGAUAUUGUAAAAGUCCAGACCAGAGCGACAAGGUUCCAGACAAUGGAAGCAAAUCAAAGAUGAGUGUCGACUAAACAAUAAAAAGUGCUUUAAGGCACAUUGUA